GACUGCCUGCAAGACUUGUUGUCCAUGUUGUUAGCUAAGGAACAGAAUCUCCGGGAAUUGGAUAAAGAAAUUGAAAAGGAGAUACCAAUGGACGAGCUGCAGGCGGACAUAGUGAAAACUGUGGAUUAUCAGGACAGCGUAAGUCUCUGGAAAGCCCGUGCAACAAGGCUAAUUGAAAGAGAGGAAGCAGCAGCGGCACAAUGGAGCUCGCCUCGGCUGAGUGAUGUCGACUUAUCUGUCAAUAAAGUCUAAGUCAAGUCGACAAGUCAUUUGAUGACGUCAUCACAUUGACGCGGCGGAGGAAAGUGAAGUAUCUCCACACGUGAUGUGUGUCUGUCACUCUCAACAUACCGAACCGAACAUACUCGGGCGUACUAUUAGCGAAGCGGACUCCGCGAGGAAUGUCCGCAGUCAUUCGGGCUUUCAUAGUCGAGCGCACUUCCGUGUUAUAGUUUCCUGUAAAAAUGUCUGUGAAAAAUCCCCGCGAUGUGAAAAAUACAUGCCGAGCAGUCACUGGUGCGUGGAGUGGAGUCCGUGCGGUCGUAAAAUCUGAGCUUUGCGCGCACAGGGCUUGCGGACGUCCACUUUGAGUCCGCACGGACCUCUGCGGAGUCCGUUCCACGUACGUUCAGAGGCAGCGAUUGCAUUCUGUACACAAGCACAGAGAGAGAGAGAGGAGGAAAAAACACACGACUUGUCGACUCCUCCCGGGGGGUGUCGACCUUGUGCCACUGACGUCGACACGUCGACAAAUCGACUUUUCUGUCAAUGCCCUACUGUACAUAAAUAAAUAUGACGGUGAAAUAGCGAUGUGGCAGGAAUUUUGGGUUCAAUUCGAGACUGCUAUCCAUGAGAAUAGAGAGCCGAGUAAAAUGGAAAAGCUGACAUAUCUCAAGUCAUAUCUCGUGGGUCCAGCAGCAAGAGCCGUGGCAUGGCUAAAAAUAACAGAGAACAAUUAUGAUGUCGCAUGUCAACAUGCUGAAGGAGAGAUUUGGAAGACGAGACCUGGUGGUGAGUGCGCACAUGGCUAAACUGCUAAACUUGACCCCAGUUAAAAAAUCCUCAGACAUUGUUGCUUUAAGACAGCUGUAUGAUGAGUGCGAAGUCCAGAUUAGAGGCUUGGAGUCCCUCGGAGUAGUUUCAGAUACAUAUAGAGGAUUGCUGUGUCCCAUAUUACUCCAGAUGAUCCCAGAUGACCUUGCUCUUGCUUAUACACGCAAAACAGAUUCAGGGCAUGAGCUGGAGGUCCAAGAGCUCAUCAGUUUCCUACAGCUGGAAGUUGAAAGCAGAGAGCGUGCUAUGCACUUAACCAAAGUGGGAACCCUUAACAAAGACUUACAACCUGCUCACCAGCAUCAUUAUAAGCCAGAUUCAGGGAGUGGAAAAUCCAGAAAACCAAGCCUCCCGUCAGCUGCUACUCUCCACACAAGCAGCUCAAACUCUCCCAGAGGCUGUUUAUUCUGUGACAGUACAAGCCAUACAUCAGAACUGUGUACAGAUGAUACAGUCAGCACGCAAAAGGAAAAGUUGAAGAAAAUGGGGAGGUGUUUUGUGUGCCUAGGACAACAGCAGGUUGCUAAAUUCUGUCGAACCAAGAAUGUCUCAUGUAGCAGCAAGUGUGGACGGAGACGCCACCCCACGAUGUGCGACAAGGAUGAGCAGACAGAACCCCCAAAUAGUGCUCAAGAGACAACUGACACUGUCAUUUCUUCUGUGGCUCCCCACACAGUAAAGACAAGCACAGGAAAAUCAAAUACAGUUCUACUGCAAACAGUAACAGCGUGGGCAGAAGGACCAAGGGGGAAGAGAAAAGUGCGCUGCCUGAUGGAUGGAGGAAGUCAGCGGAGCUUUGUCCUGCAGAAACAGGUAAAGACAUUGGGAUUACCUGUCGUGAAAAGAGAGACUUUAAAGCUCCACACUUUUGGCAGUGAAAUUCCAGCAACAAUGGAACACAGCAUUGUGAAAUUAGUCCUGCUAAAUAUUGACAACAAAGAGCUAAAUACUGAGAUCGAAGCUGUUGAAACGUUGCAAGUGAGCUCCGCCAUCAUGCAGGUCCCUAGAGAACAAAUCCGGCUGCAGCUAGAGAAAAAAGGGCUGCCAUCAGCAGAUGUUUCAGGCAGGAGCGAUGAAGAGCUGGAGCUGUCAGUUCUGAUAGGCGCUGACUACUACUGGAAAAUGGUGUCUGGCAGAGUAGAAAGACUAUCAGAGUCCCUGGUUGCCAUAGAAACCAUAUUUGGCUGGACAGUGCAGGGACCAGUGUCCAUGUCCAGCAUGAAGAUUGGCAUCGAGCAAGCCACACAGGUUUCAAACCAGCAACGAACAUUCUGGGAAAUAGAGUCGCUAGGCAUUUCCAGCAAAGGUGAGGAACAAGCUGAUGACGUGGAAGCUCAGCAAAACUUUGACAGGUCAGUCAGAUACACUCAAGGGAGAUAUGAAGUGAAAUUGCCAUGGUGACAGGAUGCCCCAGAACUCCCAGACAAUCUGAGAAUUGCCAGGAAAAGAUUUGAAGGGCUGAAAAGAAAACUAAAAACUGACGUGACGCUAUUCAAAAGACACAGUGAUGUGAUUCAGGACUGUCUUCAGCAAGGAAUAUGUUAAGAUGUUCCAGACACCAGACACACAGCAGGCACUGAGAACAACAAUGUCAAGUACUAUCUACCUCACCAUGCUGUAAUUAGAGAGGACAAGGCAACAACCAAGGUGAGAGUUGUUUUCAAUGCUUCUUCACAUGAAGACAGCUGUCCUUCUCUCAACGACUGCCUGCUCACUGGACCAAAUUUAAACCCGGACCUCCUAACCAUCUUAGUGAGAUUCAGGCUGCAUCCAAUCGCAUUUAUGGCAGACAUCACUAAAGCCUUCCUGCAAAUAUCUGUUGCUGACGAGGACAGAGAUGCUUUGAGGUUCCUGUGGCUCACUGGACCCCCCGAUGCUGCGGACACCAAAUCACGCACACUGAGAAUGACUCGCGUGGUGUUCGGAGUGUCAUCGAGCCCAUUCUCGCUUGCAGCUACAAUCCGGAACCACUUGAAUGGGUACCAAACAAGUCACCCACAUGCGGUUAACACUCUGAAAGACUCCCUGUAUGUUGAUGACUUUAUCGCCAGCUCAAGUGAUGUUGAAGGUGCUUUUGCACUAACCACACAGGCAAGAGAAAUCCUGUCCACCGCUGGCAUGAACCUCUGUAAGUGGGCCACAAAUUCCUCCGAGCUGAAAGCUAAGUGGCUGCAAGGGGAUUUCGACUUCACUCUAGAACCUGAAGCACAUGGCUGUGUGUUAAAGGUGCUCGGCCUAGUAUGGAGACCAGAGACUGACGACUUUGUUUUCAACCUCAAACAUCUCAUGGACAGUUUCAAAGACAGAGUGAACACAAAGAGGAGUGUCCUGCAGUCGUCAGCUAAGAUAUUUGACCCCAUGGGAUUUCUGACGCCAUUUACAAUAAGAGUGAAAUGUCUCUUCCAGGAUAUGUGGCAAAGGGGCAUCAGCUGGGACCAGGAGCUGCCAGAUGACCUCACUCAAGGGUGGCAGCAAUGGUGUAUGGAGCUGCUCCAGCUGCAUCAGAUAGCCAUUCCCAGGUGGUGUGGAACUGACGAACUGCAAAAUGGACGUGGCCUUCAUGUGUUCAGUGUGGCAAGUGAAAGGGCCUACAGCGCAGUAGCAUAUCUCCAAGGACAAACAGCUGAGGGAAAAACUGUGAGCAGACUUAUCAUGUCCAAGUCAAGAGUUGCACCCAUUAAGAAACUCACCCUUCCACGCCUUGAGUUAAUGGGAGCUCUGGUUGCAGCAAGGAUGGGAAACAACCUGUUAAAGGCAAUGGACAUGCACACGAGCCAAAUACGCAUGUGGUCAGACUCCAUGAUAGUCAUCCAGUGGAUUCGCAGCUCAGCGCAAAGAUGGAAACAGUUUGUCGCAAAUAGAGUUAGAUACAGAGAUACAGUCACUGACCCCGCCAGAAACCUGGUCACACUGCAGUGGGAAGCUUAACCCCGCUGAUCUCACCACAAAGGGUCAGACUGCCUCAAACCUGAAAGAAGAAGAACCCUGGUGGUCAGGACCCCCAUUUCUGAGUUCAGUAAUUCAGCCAGAGCUAUCUACUGAAGAGCUCUGUGAAGAGGAAGUAAAGGCUGAGCUCAAGUCAAACCAUGUCACAGUCCAUCUGAGUAACGCAGAAAAUACAUCACCAGAUCCCCUAUUAAAGCUGGAGAACUACGGCAAACUAAGGACUGUAUUCAGAGUCACGGCCUGGAUUAAAUGAUUCAUCCACAACUCUCGCUCAAGAGAAAAAAGACAAGGAGAGCUGACAGCCAAGGAGCUGGCUGAAGGACACUGGAUAUUGGAGGCACAAAAUCAGAGUUUCCAGCGAGAGAUAAGUGAAAUGAAAGCAGGACAAGACAUACACAAAGACUCAAAAAUCAGAGACUUGAAGCCGUUUCUUGAUGAAAAUGGGUUAGUCUGUGUGGGAGGGAGACUGCGGCAUUCAAACUUUAGCUUCAGUGAACAGCAUCCGUGGAUCUUGCCUUCCAAUCACAGACUCUCUGAAAUGCUGAUCAAGCACAGAGAGAGACUGGUCCGAUCAGUAAAGACAUGUCUGAGGAAAGUGAUGGGAAGAACUUCACUGAGCUUUGAGGAGCUAUCAUCCCUAUUAGCAGAGGUAGAGGCGACAAUUAAUUCAAGACCACUCACCUUUGUCUACAAUGAACCAGAAGAACCUCAACCUCUGUCACCGGCUCACUUCCUGAUUGGAAGGCGAUUCUCCUCCUUGCCACCUAAGCCCUUUCAUGCUGCCAAGCAAACCCUCAACUCCAGCCAAGAGGAACUGACUCAGAGAUGGAAAUAUCGUUAGUGCCUUCUCAACGACUUCUGGACUCGCUGGAAAAGGGAGUAUUUACUGGAGCAGAGAUCCGCCCACACCAGAAACACUCCACGCUCUACACCUCUAAAGGAAGGAGAUCUGGUGCUUAUUGGAGAUGACAAAAUGCCACGCCAGAUCUGGAAAACUGGGAUGAUCAAUGAACUGUUCUCGGGAAGAGACGGACUUGUGAGAUCCUGCGCUGUGCGCACAUCAGACAGGACAAUAUUAAGAAGACCAGUUCAACUCCUAUAUCCUUUAGAGACUGCUUAAACUGUCUUCAUGAGGAUGUUGUAUCUUUAUUUCAUUGAUGGGUCAAUGAUGUGACGCUACUUUUUUUGUGUUCAUAUGGUUUAGUCAAAUUUAAAAGGGUUAAAAUUUGAAAAUAAAUGUAUGAUUAACUUACAAACUUUAAUUUUGUGUGGAUCCAGUAUAAAAUUUUUGCUUUUAAUACAUUUUGAGAGAAUAUAUUAGAGGAUAAUGGCAAAAAUGUCUAAGUGGUGUAACCAUAAAAACUUGCACCAAAUAAUUAAACUUGCUUAAAAACACUAAAAUUCUCAAUAAAAAAAAACAUUUCAACUAGUUUGGCAUGAUCUUUAAAUUAUUACUUUUUUAUAUUCAAUAAAGGUUAUGAAAUACAAUUGUUCUAAAUA